UUAAAACCUCAUUUCAUUUUUAAAAACAAUAUAACUCUUGAACAAACUAUUAAAGCAGCAAGACAAAUAGAAGAAAAUAAUGAUGCAUAUUUUGAAGCUCUUACAGAGUUUUAUUCUACUAAUAUUAAUUCUGUUUCUGCAAUAAUAAACUACAAUUAUUCUGCUUCAAAUAAUUCUAUUUCUGCAAUAAUAAACUACAAUCAUUCUGCUUAA